AUUGUGCGUACGUGCCCUAUUUGGCAAGAAUACUUCGAGUAUUAAAUUACACUAAAUAAGUAGGAUAUUCCAAAGUCACUGUUAUAUCUAUUUUCAUCAAUUUAGUGUUAAAAUGACAAUUCGUUUCAGACAUAUUGUGGUUUAAAAUAAGUGUAUUGAAUAAACGCGCUUGCUUGCCGCGUGCGAAUUCUCAAAAAGUCCGCACUUGAGUUGUAAAGCUUUCAAAAUGCUUUUUACUGGUUUUUAUAUCCCCUAUAAAACUUUAAAUCGAUAAAGCAGAUAAUAAUGUUGAUGAAACAUCAUUUUCUAGUAACUACACAUUGAAUCAGAAGAAAAAGUUAUCAAAAUAGGUCGCGACGGUUGUUUGGCAAAAUGUCGCUUCUCUCUGAAAUGGCUUCCUUUGCGGGAAGCCAUGAAAUUGAAGUCCUAACAAAAACUAACCUUAGCAGUUCUUUUGGGCCCAUUGCUCACUUAUUUAUCAUGAAAUCGCUUCACUAGAACAUUUUUAAUAAUGUCUAUGGAAAACUUUGUAAUUUUCUGAACAUAAGUUUAUGGUUUCGAGGUGUUUAUUUUAUAAAAUAGCACGCGCGACAAAAUGGCACUUUUGUAGUUUCUCACAUCUGACAAACAACCAAAGAUGAAAGUCCUUAUUUCACCUUUUUAUAGCUAUGUGGAAUACCUAAAAAUUAGGUUAUCUUUUUCAUGUGAGUAUAUAGAUAACAUUUCUAUGCAAUAGUCCUUAUGAAGGCUUAUUUCAAACUAAAAAAAAGCGAUUGUUUUUCAGAGCCAGACUUCAAAAGAGAACGCGUGUCUGACAUUUUAUAGCAGCCUACAUUGGUGCGCAAAAUAAUUUUGGCUAAAAACCGUUGCUUUUCCAACAAAAAAACAUGAGAAAAUUGAGCUAAAAGUCUUACCUGAUGUAUGUUUAAAAUGUUUUUCUUUUUAUGGUGUUUUUCAGUGCUUUGAGUAGAGGUUAAUAGCUUUUGGUUUUGUCACCACAAUUUGCCUUUGAAAAUGUCGGCUGUCAUUGUCUGUGUUAAAAACACCUCAGAAAAUUCCUAUUUUCUCACCUUCCCAUCCUUGGUUUAUAUUGAAAAUAAAUAGAUUCUAGUACCAUAUGUCCUUAUAAAUAUAUUUGAAGUAAUUAAAAACUUGAAAGAUGUACAAGCACUGUGUUUUGGCUUGCACACUUUGUUGAAUUUGAACACUUAGUUACUGUUCUAAAUUUCAUGUUGUAAACAUCUUGCCCAAAAAAGCAAAGGAGUAUAUUUUAUAAUUUUUGAUCAUUUUCUAAUUCAUAUCCCAAUAGAUGAAGAUUGGUUAUAAAAUAGAUAUGUACUAAUUUAGUGAAUAAUUUUUUUUUUUUGUUUUUAUAUAAAUUUAUGGAGAUAUUGCCCCUUUAGGUGAUGAGUGACAUGAAAAACUAAGUGUCACUGCUUUACAAAUAAAAAUUCUCAUUGAAAAAACUAAUGAUAUAUAUAUAGGUAUGCAAGUUCAUUUAAACUAAAUUUUAAACUAAAUUUGGUCAAUCAUAUAUCAAUAAUAUUUGGUUGAAAAGACCAGAUUUUUUCAUGCAACUGUUUCUGAGAUAUUGCUAUUUUGGUGAAAGCUCUUGAAUUCAAUCAUGUAUUCGCCAUUUUGCUUGCCCACUUUGGGGGUAGAAACAUUGUAACAGCUUGCGCAUUAAUGAGUUAAAUUACAAACUACAGCGUCUGUUCGUGUUUUUUUUUGCUUAAAUUUACAAACUACAGUGUUCGUUUUUGUAUCACUUUUUUGUUCGAAUUGUUGUCAUCGACGUUGGGUGAACAACAGAAGAUUUCAUUCAUAGCUACUUUACAAAAUUUUAUUAUUAAAUUUGAGCUUUUCAGCGUUGUUCGGCUUCGGCUGAAAUAAAGAACAAUCUUGAUGGUUUAAAGACGGCACGUCGAGAAACUUUGUUUUAUCUUUUAGACUGUCGCGUGAUGACCGCCAAGUUUAUUCUUCCAUACUAUUUGUUGUUAAUUACCACAAACUUUUUAAAUUUGUAAAAUAACAACAAAUUGUCAAACGUCAGAACAGGGUCUUAGCUAGAGGGCUGUGUUGGCCGUGUUAUCGCGGCCAAAAGUGCAAAAACACGGCUAGAUAAAAUUAACGCGGCUUCACUAUUUAUAUAAGGCCGUGUAUAGGUUAAUAAAAUAAGGUGGUGCUAUACUUACAACAGACAGAAUUUCUUCCUAUUUACGUCAAGAAAGUUUGUAGAAUCUACUGUUGUUGUUGAAUUGGCAAAAGUGAUCCGUGAUGUUUUAAUGUUUUGAUGGAUAAUGGGAACUGUAUGGUGUUAAAAUGGUUUUAAAUACCCCAAUAGUUGUUGAAAUAACUUAAUUGUCAGUGCGCAAUAUGAGCGUAUGCUCGCCUUGUAUUUGGUUGCAAAGCAUAGAACAACCACAGGCAUUGUUGUUGGCGAGCAUAACUAGAGCCAUUAUUUUGCUAUUCAAAGUAAUUGACAUGUGCACGCCCUGGUCAUUAGAAACACGCCCAAGAUCUAAAAUCCUAGCUAAGACCCGGCGUCAGAAUCUACACUCGGUAUAAUAUUUGUUUACAAUAAUUUCCGUACUUUAAUUACAAUUGCCGACGUGAAUGCCGAAGUAAUUGCUGAAGGAAUUUAAGGUGAUUUCAUUGCGUGCCUCAGCAAAAAAAAAUUGCCAAGGCAAAUCGAAAAUUAUCGAAAGACUUCGGCAAUUAUUUGCCGAAGCAAAAAUAGUUGAAUUUCGAGGGUUGUUGACCCUCAUUCCUCCUCUGGCUUAGACCAUAUUUCACCUCACCUAAACCAAUAAGGCCCACACUCUUGAAUAUUUCUGUUGAUAUAUAUACAGCUUAUUCUAAAAAGGUUAUCUUUCAAUAUCUAGGAUUAUUUGCCCAAUUAAAAGCUCUUAAAUGGAGUUAACUAUCAGUCAUGCUCAAAGUUGAAGGUUUGAGGUUUUUGAAGGACAACCCCUUUUUAAUUGAGGGUCCUGAAGGGGUAAAAUGGGAACUGGGAUUGAUCUAUUUUUAGACUGGGAAAAUGGGAUUGGGGUUGCUGGGACUGGGAUUUGGCCACUGGGAAUGGGAAAUGAAGUCCUCAAAAAUGGGAAUGGGAUUGAGGUAAUGCGAGUCGAUUCCCAAUUUUUCCACGUUUUAAGUAUUUUAAAAUACAAUUUUGAUCCGUUUUUGGUGUCUUUGGUCAUGAUUUUUGUUGUUAACUAUAUUAUUCACAGCACCACCUGCGAACAGGCAUACUCUAGCGCCCGGAAUUCUGGGUUUUCUGAUGUGUGUCCCUAGUCAGAUGCACAGCGGAAUAUAUGCCUGGUUUCCGGUAUAUACUUCAUUUAACCCUUAACUUAGUAUAUACCUCAAAGGCAAAGAACAACAAAAAAUACGGACAUGUCGGAUACAAACAAACGAACUGUCGUUGCAGAAAUCAAAUAUAUUACAACGAAUAAUACUGCAAUACACACAGAGAAUUGUAAACUAGAGAUUUCUCUACAAUGUACAGCAAGAGAACUAGCGAAAACAAUCCGUCUCAAGACUGGAAUAGGGGAUUGUUCUAAGAACUGAUGACCAGAUGUCUAUGUUUUGCAAGAGUGGAUCGAAAUCACUUAGUGUUAGGGUCGUGCAACGCAUUGUUUGCUUCGAUAAAGGUUCUGUUAAUAUCAAUAUUGUGUUGGAUAAAACGGAGUAACAUGUCUAACAUCAGUAGGUCUCAGUAACUGCAUUCCAUUUCUGUCAAUGGACUCAAUUUGGGGGUCGUCAAAGAACUCAAAGAAGAAAGAGGUUGAGAGAGUCAUCUAGUAGGGGUACACUAAGUAGCAAUUUUGUUUCAAUGGUGGGAUAUUGACCAUCGACAAUUUCGACAGGGAUGGUAACAUUAAGACUUAAUAAGACUAAUAACAGUCUUUACAGAUCUAUAAAAUACAGUAUCUGGAUCUAUUUGACUGUUUGGCUUUGACAUCCAUGCCAUCAAUACAAAAUUUGGUACACCCUUACUGGCUUAAUACCCAAUCUAGGUCAAUCUAUUUGGACUCUAUUUGUUGUGUUGUUGAGCUUGAAGACACAUGCUCUAGCAUAAUAAAAGUGUAUAAAUUGUGAUACCACUGAUGUUACACACAUUCUGACAAUGUUAAUUGUUUUUGAGUCUAGUAAAACAAAUGCACUGUAGUUUUUUGUAUUGACUGAUCUCCACUUUAGUCAAGAGUUGUUUUGGUUGAGGUACAGUAUAAUACAAAUGUUAUUUAACUUUUCUAUUUAAUUAAGACAAUUAACAAAUACUUAGUAUAUUGUUACCAGUAAACAAUGUUGUUGUUAAUAUCAGCUGUUACACAAUGGUCAAUAAAAUUUGAUGUUUCAUUAUGUUCUAGGACUUCUAGCUGAAUUGUUAAAAUAAUUGUACAAUUUGUAUUGCAAUGAAGAUUGAGUAGUGGGUUUUGAGCAUUUAGAUUGAGUAAAUAAGACAAAUAAGCAAGCAUUAUUUUUUUCUUUUGCUUGAAAGACUUGACAGUCUUGACAAGUAAUUAAACUUUGAAUAAUGACAAUAUCCAGUAGUCAAUUCGAUGUCUUUGAUGUCUUCGAUCAAUAUAGUCAAUAUAGAGUUUAUUGACUUUAUUGACUUUCUAUACAUUUAAGAUCAUCACCAGACUCACCAAUAUUUGGCUGUGAUGUAACAAACCGUUCUAUUUAUGGUGGUGAUCUUGGACAGCUUGACGAAUCGGGAGAGAGUGUUGAUGUGUCAUGUUUUGGACCAUACGUAGCUCAACUUGAGCUUCAGGAACCGGAUUCAAUUGAUGUACUUUGUGAUUCAUCUGUAGAUCUUGUAGCUCACCUAGGAGUUCAUGAUGAUACAUUUGUUGCAGGGGAUAUUGAGGACUCUGAAAGAUUUUGUCUUGACUUUGAUGAUCAAGAUGUGGAAAUGGAAGAGACAGAUGAGUCCUUAAUUCAUGGCAACACGGAUAGUCCCUUUGAUUUUGAUGAGUUAGAUUACUCAAACUAUAAUAUGUUGCCAAUAAGUGUUGAGCAAGCGGAUGAUGUUAGCUUCAACCUUGGACAAACUUGUCAAAAGAGGGAAAAUUGAAAAGGAUGGGAUCUUCUACAAAUACCUUAAGGGCGUGCUACAAGUCUAUAUCACACCUACUGAGUACAACUGGGAUCAUGAAGUGAUUGAAUUCUUCAAAACAUUGAAGUGGUUAGGGGGCCAGAGCACAGUAAAUAUGAUCAGGGGCCCAAUGUGGCAUGGUGCAGGUAGAGGAGGCGUGUUUAAUCCUGAUAAAAUGGUACCAAACCUUGGAGGGCCGUCUGAUCGAACACUAACCAAGCAUAGUGGUGGCUAUACUACAGAAAGUGGUAUCCUUAAUCAGCUUAUGAAAACAUUCCAUGAUAUUGUGGAUAACAAGGAAUCUACAGUUGUAAAUUGUGAGGUUUUAAAAGUUGUAAGUGUUCAUGCAGAAAAUGAUGGAACUGCAUUGCAACCAGGCUUGCUAUUUGAUCCCACACAGAAGGUGGUGGUGGGACUUGCAAAUGGAAAUAUAAAGAUGGACUACAUCAAUAAUAACAAGGAAAAGAGUCCUGAACUAACAAAGUAUCUGAAAAAAAAUAUAGCCACGGAAGCAGUUGUUACUUUAUUAACAAAUUCACCAAAGACAUCGUUUUUGUCAGUAGGAGUGUCUUAUCAUAGACAAAAGGGAAAAACUGGGGAAAAUUUGAAGGAAAAUCUUGUUAAAGAGGUAAUGCAGAUUCAGUGCUGCAGAGGAUGUCUUGAAAAAUGCCCAUCAGAUAUCACAGUACAAAGUGAUUGUUGUGAAUCAAGUGUAUGCAACAAUUGCCUUUCCUUGAAAUCUGUAUGCGACAAUUGUCAAGAUGACGGACAGAUUAGUUACCAUCCUUCGAUCAGGGCUUGUAGAAGUUGCUUGGAGAAAAACACAAAGUGUGUAAAAUGCAUUGUUCUUACCUGGAGUGUUGAUUGUGAGUUGGGAAAUCGAAAAAUGAUGGAUCUUGUUGCUGCUGAGUCAAUUACACAUCUAGAAUACCUGGUCGCAUUUCCUGACGUCGUACAUCUCGCUAAAACCUACAAAUGUUCCUGGAGCAACUGGUUCCUGAUACUUGGAGAAGGAGUACUCUUGGCACACUACGAAUACUGA